AUGGUGGACAUUUCGAAUCUCUUUACCACGGAGAUCUUACCCAGCCUGCAAAACGGAAGCAAUUUCCCUAAAGACUUGCUCUUCUCCCUCUAUGGUGACGCAUACUUCAGCUCACAUCGGAUCGUCUGGGUACGUGUCUGUCUAAUCUUUUUCUACGCACUGUUUGCGUUCAUUGGGGUAUCCACGAAUGCCGCUGUUGUGUUCUUCCUGCUAAUCUGGCACCCCAAGUCCCUGCGCAACAUCACCAACCGCUUCGUGCUUGCUCUAGCCGUCUCGGACAUAUUCAUGUCGGGCUUCAACAUGCCCAUCCAGGCCUACUACGAGAUGCAGGAGAGGGCAUACUUCUCUAGCCUUGCCUGUCAACUCGUCUUCUCCACAUUCGGUCUUCCAAUGCACAUCUCAUGUCUGGUUAUCCUGGUCAUCGGCAUCGACCGCUAUCGAAUUAUCGUCUACCCCCUGAAACGACGCAUGUCGAAACACACGGCUUCCCUUACACUUCUGGCAAUUGCCAUUAUCAGUGUCAUCAGCGUUGUUCCGAUUGCAGUCUUCAGCAAGAGUAGUCAGGCCGUCACCAAACUUGAAGACGGUGAAAGGAAACCAAUAGAAUACUACUACUGUGUGGAGCAGUGGCCGUCGCCGGAAGUUCGCCUGUGCUACACCAUCUUCACUUUCACUGUGCAAUUCUUCCUACCUCUCUUCCUCACUGCAACCCUCUACAUGAGAAUCUACUUUCGUUUGCACGGCCGCCGAUUCCAAAAGCGUGACCUAGAACGAAAGAAGCGAACAAACAAGAUUUUAAUAGCUAUUGUGAUUUGCUUCUUCAUCUGCUGGACUCCAUGGAACGUCUUCUCCAUCAUCCUAGAAGUGUACGCCUAUCGGACUCAGAAGCGGAACCCCAACAACGACUUUCCUAUUUUUGAGACUGAGCACGGCAACAUGAGUGAGACGGUAGCCAUGAAGUUGCCGUUCUUUCCUGCUGCUCUGACAAAUCAGCACCUCGUGGAACUUGGUCACGGGGCGACUGAGGAAAGCAUUCACCAUUCACGGUCUUUGGAGAAGAGGUACAAUCUCUCAGACAUAAUUCCUCAGUCGCACCUGCUUUUUGGUGGACAUGCGAAGUUGAUUGACCUCACUCUCAAACUGCUUGCUAUGUGCUCGGGCUGCUUAAAUCCCUGCCUCUACGGAUGCAUGACGGAAACAAUGCGCCUCCUUAGGAGGCGAAUAGUAGUGCGCCUUCAAAGGGCUCGUCGUCACAGUCAAACUCAGUUCCGUGGCACUUUCCGCAGAUUUCCUAACCUCUUCACUUCAGAGAAGAGUCCCAUCAAGUCGUCGGGGCCACGAAAACACUGUACGUCGGUUUACAGUCUUUAUUGUUGUGGCUUCCAGUUUUUCGUGCAAACCGGCUUUCACCACCAGCAUGGACGUGCCAAGAAUCAUUAUGACCGAAAAACAAAGUCCGACGCUUCCGAACCACCGAAUUCCUCAACGUGUGAGCAAAAUCGCCACAUUCAGAGGGGAUCAGCAAGUGAGAAUACAUCAUUCCACUUUAGUGCGGAGCAAAAGGACCUUGUGACAGAUUUACAGCCCUCUGACUAUCAAGGUAUACGAAGCCAAAUUGGUAUCCAAAAACAAGAUCAUGGUGCACAGAGCCUAAGUCCAUUAAGCAUCACAUUUGUGAAUCGAGGAAGCCCAACUCUAAGCUCCGUGGAAUGCUCCACCAAGCGGACCAGUCUUCUUCCGUCUUCCUCUUAUGAAAAGACGCCGAGGAGCUCUUUUAUGACUGACCUGGCAAAGCAACACGAGAAAGGCCAUUCUAGCAUCAAGUUUGGGCAGCCAUUGUUAUGCCCAAUCCCCUUAACCCCUCAAGUUACUAUCUGCGAAGCACCUUUUCAAGGAGCAGCCCCAGUUUGUGCAAACAAGGAAACAGCGGUGAGUUCACGCACCUCCUCAGGGCCUUCAUUUACACAGAACUAUCACCAGAAGUUUGUUAACAUAGAAGUUCACUCACCACCGCCGUGUUACGCACCUGUAGUGGAAUCGCUAGGCCAUAGAAGUUCCUUCAGGGGUGCUACUAAAGCCCAUCGAACCCUGGCCCCUUUGGACGAGGUUUCAAACUGUGGAACCACCUUAGAAUCACCAGAAAUGGUGGAGUGCUCAAAGACUCAAAGGCAGACGAAAAAGACACCAGUUGCAGCUGGUGUUAAGCGGAGCAUCUCUACGAGCUUUGAGAAUGAGUUGUCACGGGCGUUGAUUGCCGGAAACCAAAGGCACGCUUUACUCUUAAGACGUCGAAACACGUACGCAGUCGUCGAGCGCAAGACUCCAACUAUUUCAUCGAGCACCAUGAAUGUGGAUGCCACUGCAAGUCAGUCGAUGCCAAGUGACGAUUUCGCCUACUUCCACAAAGUGGCCAUGGAGGAAGAGCGUUUCAAAGUGGGCUUGGCCCCAAAAAAUCACAAAAAACACCCAUUGCCACGGCCUCAUUUCUUGGCUAACCACGGAAGGGGAGCAUCAAGCCCAGUCGAUUGA